AGCCAGUUAAUCACCCUCUUGUUGAGCAAUACUCUGUCUAAACAGAUAUAUUUCUGUGGAAGUUUUCUUCCAGUGAAAAUGCCUAAAGGAAACUUUUCCUGAACAACAGUACUAUAAAUAUGACCGAAGAACGCAGUUGGCUUCAGACUUCAACUGAAGACAUUACCAGACGACUUCAUUUCUUAACAUAGCGAAUACACACGAGGACUCCAGUCAUGGAAUCAAAGCCCAUAGAAGUGGCAGCUCUGGGAAGACCUCUGUUUCCUGGUAUGCUGUAUGACUGCCGCAGUGAUACCUUCAUUCCAGGUGUUACUCUAUGGGAUAAGAAGUCACUGAGUGAAGAUUUGGACAGUCAUCCACAGCCCAUGACAGAUGUGAAGUUCAGUAGCUCCGACUCUCUCUCUAGUAAGUCCAGUCUCCUGGAUGUAAGUGCUUCCCUGAAGACCAGCUUCUUGGGAGGGCUGGUGAAGGUGGGAGGAUCUGGAAAGUUUCUGAGUGACACCAAAUCCUCAAACCAACAGUCCAGAGUUACAAUGAAUUACAGUGAAACCACCAGAUUUGACCAGCUCACCAUGACUCAGCUGGGCCAGAUCACCUACCCUGAGGUGUUUGACCAGAAAACUGCAACUCAUGUGGUCACAGCUGUACUGUACGGAGCUCAGGCCUUCAUGGUGUUUGAUGAGACAUUUUCAGAAGAGGAAAACCAGCAGGAGAUUGAGGGAAAACUGAAUGUCAUGGUCAAGGCCAUCCCUGGAUUUUCUAUUGGGGGAGAAGGAGCUCUAGAAAUGACAGAGGAGGAUAAGGAAGAGGCUGAGAGCAUCUCCUGCACAUUUCAUGGUGAUGUCCGUCUUGAUCAGAACCCCACCAAUUACAUGGAGGCCCUGGAGGUGUACAAGACGCUCCCGACUAUCCUGAAGGAGAAUCCACAGAAUGCAGUUCCAAUAAAAGUCUGGCUCUAUCCUCUCUCUCUUCUGGAUUCAAAAGCAGCUCAGUUGGUGAGAGAAAUCACCGCCCAUCUGGUUUCCAACACUGAAGAUAUAAUAGAGGGGCUGUUAGAGGCAGAGAGGACAUGCAAUGAUCUCUCCAGAAAUCCACUGGUAAAUGUUUUCAGAGACGUCAAAGAGAGGCUCAGUUUAUUUCAGGGCUCUCUCAACAUUUACAAAACAGUGUUCAUGAAAGCAGUGGCCAAGGUCUUGCCUGCUAUACGAGGAGGAGAGACAGAGGAGAAGUCACUGGCAGACAUCCUGAAGAUCCACUACAGCUCCCCUUUCAAAGCUGACAUGCUUAACCAGUGGUUAGAUGAUGCCAAGUUUGAACUUGACCUCUUGAGUUCUCAAAUCAAGAAGCUGAAGGGAAUCAAAACUGAAGACUCAAACCAUCUCAAGAUCCUCCUCUCUGAUCCUGAUAUUGAUGUUGUGGUGUGCUUGACCUUCACAUCUCUGAAUUAUAAGGACCAGUAUCUUUCAAACCUGAAGGAGUUUCUGGAAUCUGAUGCGUUUAAAAAGCUAGAUGAGGUAGUGAAAAAGAGCUCUAGCACUUCAGCAUCAGAAGAGUGGUCCAACGAUCUUGAUGAUGUCUUAAAGAUGAGAGAGAACUUAUCUCUUUUCAGAAGUUUUUCUGAGACUAACAAAGAUGAAAAGACAUACAGAUUCAUUAUUUCCGCUAUCUCCGAUUCAUCCAGUCCAGGCUCCUCCAUCUAUCUGUAUGAAAAAGGGAAACUGACAGACAAAAAGUUCCAGCCCGUGUCGAAGCCUCCCCCACCAGAAGUGAAGGAAGUGAAGGAGCGCAGUGUGUCCCUGAAACUGCAGAAGUCCCCGACUGGAGAAACUGUGCAGUACAGAGUGGAGUACCAGCAGGUGAAAGAGGAACAGUGGCUUGUCAAAAACACAUCUGAUGAAGAUUUUACUCUGACUGGAUUGGAGUUUGGACAGCAGUACUUGAUCCGCUACAGGAUUGUGGGUAAAGUGGGAGUGAGUGAAGCCAGUGACACUAUCAGCCUCAUACCGUCUUCAGGAACUGAUCCCAAGACCAGGGACGACUUCCUACAAUAUUCCCUUCAGCUCACUCUGGAUCUGAACACAGUGAAUGAACUCCUCUGUCUGUCUGAGAGGAACACAUCCUGGAGUUUGGAGGGCUCUCCCUCCAGUUACAUAUUCAGACACAAUGACAUAGAGGCUAAACUCCCUGUGAAGCCCAUCAUCAGCAGUAGAUCAGUGAAUGAGGAGAAUCACUGUAGAAGAGUCAACACAGACAUCUCACGAUUGCCAAACGUUCAUCUGGCACAUCACCCUACACUGGACAUUCACAAUCUCCAUGACCACGUCCACCUUCGUAAAGACAAUGUGAAUGUGUUUGCUAAAAAUCUUAAAGAUGUUGCCCUUGGCAGAACCGCUGGCUGUCCUUCAAUGAGUAACAGAGAAUCCAGCAACUCUCAACCACAGAGACGCUUCAUCCCCGCACCAGCACACGUCGUCUUCCCCCCGCAUCCAAUGGAGCCGUACACUGCAGCACCCUGGAGACACCGUCAAUGGCACCGUCGGCCUGCCCCGCUGUACCCAUAUCCUGAACUCCAACACCCACGCUUCCCGCCUCCACACCCACAUCCCAUACAGGAACACCCUGCACCCCAUCACCGUCAGCAUCAGCAUCACCAAGACCUUGUGCCGCCAUACCAGCAGCGGAAGAAACAGCCAAGACCCCAAGAAACCCCGGCGAUGGGUAGCAACACCACGACAGCGCAGAAGCCAUCAGCUCCACAGCCAAACGUCCACAGACCCGAGCAGCAGGAGCAGCUGAGCUACGCCGCCGUUCUGAAAGGCCCGAACGACACCCACAGCCCCAGUCUGAGAGAGAUCAAGGACAAGCUCAACUUAAUCUGCACACGGCUGAUGGAGUAG